AUGGCAAAGGCUUAUUCCACACGUGUCCUCACGUUUCUGAUGCUGAUCUCGUUAAUGGCGGUAACACUGAACCUUGUGUCCAUGGCAGAGGCACAGAAUAAGAAGAAGGCACCGAGGAAAGAUGUUCCUCUAGUGAAAGGUCUCUCAUGGAGCUUUUACCAAAAAGCAUGUCCCAAAGUGGAAAACAUUAUCAGAAAAGAGCUCAAGAAAGUCUUCAAGAGAGAUAUUGGUUUAGCUGCAGCCAUUCUUCGUAUACAUUUCCAUGACUGCUUCGUUCAGGGAUGUGAAGCGUCAGUGUUGCUAGCUGGAUCAGCGAGUGGGCCAGGAGAACAAUCAUCAAUCCCGAAUCUGACACUCCGUCAAGCCGCCUUUGUCGUCAUCAAUAACCUUCGUGCCCUCAUCCAGAAGCAAUGCGGUCAAGUCGUCUCUUGCUCUGACAUCCUCGCUCUAGCCGCCCGUGACUCCGUCGUCCUCUCAGGAGGGCCAGAGUAUGCUGUGCCACUAGGCAGACGCGACUCACUAGAGUUUGCGACUCCGGAUACGACUUUGAAUAACUUACCACCACCUUUCGCUAACGCGAGCGCGCUCAUCACCGACUUCGGCAAUAGAAACCUCAACAGCACCGACUUAGUUGCACUUUCUGGUGGUCACACCAUUGGAAUUGCGCAUUGUUCGUCUUUCACGGACCGGCUAUACCCGAACCAAGACCCUACCAUGAACAAAGCAUUCGCCAACAACCUCAAACGCACUUGUCCCACUGCAAACUCGAACAACACGCAAGUGAACGACAUAAGGAGCCCUGACGUUUUCGACAACAAGUACUACGUUGAUCUCAUGAACCGACAAGGAUUGUUCACAUCCGACCAGGAUCUGUUCGUGGACAAGAGAACACGUGGUAUUGUGGAGAGCUUUGCGAUCGAUCAAAAGCUGUUUUUUGAUCAUUUCGCAGUGUCCAUGAUCAAGAUGAGUCAGAUGAAUGUCUUGACGGGGACACAAGGAGAGAUUCGUUCCAACUGUUCGGCGAGAAACACAAGAAACUUCAUGUCCGUUUUGGAAGAAGGCAUCGAGGAAGCUCUUUCAAUGAUCUAA